GCGGGUGAAGAAGGAUAAGUGAGGACGAUCCCGGCACACCAAGCUUCUCUCCUCUGGCCCACCCUGUCUUGACUCACAUGACUGAGAUUAGAGGAGUGUGGACAAACGCUGAAUGACUUCUCCACACACUCGUGUCUCACGGUUGGCCAGAGCUCGUCCACUUUCCCAGGUUGCAGAUAUGAGGGUGUUAAACAGGUGCAUGCUGGGAGUGACCGUGCUGCUCCUGAUGUGUGAGGUCAUCAUCAGUCAGCUCUGUAAGUCCCUUAUCACCAUGGUGGACGGGUUCCACACACUGUACCUCCUCAUACGCAUGGCUCUCCCUCCUCCUGCAAGCAUCCAAAAAGCUGCACCAUCUCCUCCAUGUGACAACUCCUCUUUAUCACAGCGACCUUCCACCUCUUCUGCUGCCCUCCACUGUGGUCUGUCUUACAGAAACACCAGGAUUCAGACUGUGGGUUUUUUUAUUUCUGCUCUCUUCCUCAACUUUCUGUCUAUUGCUUACUGUAUGGAGAUCCUCUGCUUCAUCCAACAUCCACACCCAGUACAGCGCCCCCUUGUCCCCGUGGUGAUUGCAACAUUCAGUCUGCUCCAGAAGAUGCUGAUGCUCAGGCUGAGCUUGGGUCAGCAGAUGGGCGACAAGGAAACCAAAUCUGACCUCGAAGUGAGCGGUAAAGUCUCUGCUGAAGAUGAAGCUGACUCCCAGGCCAAGCAGGAACGAGUCCUAGAGGUCCAGUCCACUGUGAACAGCUCGCUCCAUAACGGCAUGCUCGCCAUCUGUAACCUGGAGUCAUCCAGUGACCAUGACCGAAACGCCCAAACCCCAGACCCACAGCUGGGGGUUCACCUGUGUAAGGCAGCCGGAGAGACAGAACCAACCCGAACCACCUGGGACCGCUGGGACUGUGAAGCAGUGAGCAGAGUCUCAGAUAUGAAAACCUGCACAUAUGGGCUUCAGUCAGCCUGGUGUAAAGACAAUACCUACAUCAGAUGUCUCAAAAGUCAAAGUACAGCUGAACUCUUCAUGUCAUCUUGUUCCACUGAGAGGUCAUUACCCGACAGUUUGAGUCCAGCUUGUCUCCCGUCAUUCAUCACGGUCACUCAGAACCUUUGGUCGUCUGUUCUGGCUCUGAUCAGCAGCUUGGUGAUGCUGCUGCUCGGUCCAGGUUGCUGCGACCACCUGCUCUAUCUGGAUCCUGGACUGUCCCUUCUGUCCGUGGUCGUGCUGCUGGCCAUUGCUCUUCCACAGCUCCACAGAUACGGUCUGAUACUGAUGCAGGCCACACCUCCAGACAUCUGUGUGUCUGAUCUCCAGCACUUGAUUUUGAGUGUGCCUGGUGUGCAGGCUGUGCACGAACUGCACGUCUGGCAGUUGAGGGAUUCGUGCACAGUGACCUCUGUGCACAUACGCUGCCACGCUUGGUUUCCAGCAAACAGGUGUGCUGAUGUGAUGUCGGGGGUCACGAAGGUGUUGCAGAAUGCAGGCGUGAGCUGCUGCACUGUACAGCCGGAGUUUCCCGCCUGCUCCUCGCCCAAAGACAAAUUUGCUGUCGGCUCCCCGGCAAUCCACAGAGAGGCGCUCUCGUUGACCGCAGUGCUGGCCUGCAGCCUCUCCUGUGGAAACGCCUGCAGGGGGAAAAUGUGUUGUUCCGCCAUGGCAGAGGAGUGCAGGGACCCACUGGAGGCUCCGGCUGGAGAAACAGACAAAGAGACGCUGGUCAUCAACAACGCCUUCCUCUGAUGUUCAACAGCAGGUCAACGUCGACCAUCUCCAGUCAAACAGCAAAACAAAGUUUUGGGAAAAUAGUUUUUGUCAGUUUUAUUGAUGUAAAGAAGUCUGGAGGUGAAGUAGGGACACCACAGCUCCAGUGGGUUUGUGUUCUUGAACAAUGAUCUCAUGUUAGAAAUAACAACAUAAUGCAAACCUCGUUACAGGUAAAGAAAGACAUGAGAGACAUCAAACUUUCCUAAUUUCACUGUCUUACGAUCUACAACAGAGCGACUGAAAUUUAACUAAGGUAUUUUAAAGUUUUUUAUCCCGUUUUAUAAAUGUGAGCGCUUAAGUUGGAUAGCACGUUUCACUUCCUGUGGGACGAUCAUGUAUAGCUGCUUUAACUGGAUCUAUUUCCAUUCAGCUACAGUACAUAAAUCAAUAAAUCUGAUGAUCAAAAUUGUCCAACCUCAAAUCAGAAAAAGUUGGGAGAAUGUGAAAAAUGUAAAUUAGAAAAUAAAUUCAUUUUUAAAAAGCAGUGAUUUUUUUUUUUUUUUUUUUUUUUGCAUUUACUUUGACUUUUGUUUCAUUGCAGUAGUUGUUAACCCCAUAUAGUUUGAAGACAAAGUUGCAAUGGAGUUUAUGAAUUUUCUUAAUGGAUGGCUUUUUGUAACGUCAGUCACGCCCAUAGUAUUGAGUACCACCAACUUGUACUAAGCACCAAUAAAGUUUCCUUCCCUUACCAAGUAGACCAUGUCCCUAUGUCUUCCACAAUAUAGGAACGCUCAGGGGCUGUAUGUUUUAAGUCCUGUUCACUUGAAAAGCCCUGCUUCCUCUCUGAAUGUAACGUCAGUGACAGUGGAAUUGCCUUGUUGCAUCCCCAACUCCUGGCUCCAUGUCAGAAUGGAGCAGAGAAGUAGAGGAAACUGGAUCAAAUCUAGGCUUGGGUUUCCAAUGUGCCUUCUAGCAAAGUGCGGCUUACAUGUCACAUGUUGAUUCUUAAACUUCUAGGAGAGUUACUUCUGUGACUGGAUCAAAUAUUCAGCAUUGAUACCAAAAUAUGAUGCAAAAAUCCAUACAAGAUGUAAAAUUUCCCCAAUUUAGAUUAAUUCACCAUCUGAAUGUCAGACCUCUGAGAGUGAAGCAUUUCUUCAAGUGUUCCAAAGUUAAAGUAUCAGGUGUUAUUUUCUGUCAUAUCUGCUGCCUGCACAUAUCCAGUGUAUUUAUUGAAAUAAAAAUAUAAUCACAG